AGAACGCAGAAGAAGCUCUUCAACUGAUCUUCCGCAACUAUUUACAUUUCUCUCUUUCUCUCUCUUAAAUCGCCAUCUCUUUCUCUCUCUAAAACCAACCUUUCAGAUCAGAGGAAGAAGACGACGAAUUGGAAGAGAAAGAAAGCUUCGCAAUCCUAACCAUGGUGGAAACUCGCCGAAGUUCUUCUUCAUCCAAACGUCCUCUUGAUUCCCCGCUCCCUGCUUCGAAACGUUCAAAGGAAUCGGAGGCAGCAUCAUCGUCGACGGAAGAUAAGUCUGUUUCGCAGCUGCCAGUCGAGGAGGAGGUUGUGGCUGCGGGUAAUCAAUCUGUGGACCCACCUGAGGUUGGAUCCGCUGAUCUGCCCCCCACCGGUUCUGAUAAACCCUCAGAUUUGAACUUUCCUGAGAAAUCUCCUGCUGUUCAAGUCGAAGUAGGUAUUGAGGAUGCGGUGGUAGAUGAGAAAGAAACCAAGCCGACCGUGAAGCGGCAACGCCUGAAGAAGAAUCAUCGAAUUGAUCUCCCGGCAUGGGCGCAGCUCAUUUCACAGUUCUCCGAGAAUCCUCACAAGUUAAUUUGUGGUUUUCAAUUCACUGUUGGUCAUAGCCGUCAAUGUGACCUCUGGUUAAAAGAUCCUUCUGUUAGUAAAGUAUUAUGCAAACUUCUGCGCAUAGAGCGAGGGAGUUCAUCUGUCAUCAGACUAGAAAUCGUCGGAGGAAAAGGUACCGUGCAAGUAAAUGGAAAGGUCCAAAGCAGGGGUUCCCCUCCUCUGAUUGUAACCGGCGGUGAUGAGUUGAUCUUUUCCUCUGCUGGGACUGGGAGAUAUGCUUAUAUUUUCCAGCAACUUUCAAAGGACACCAUUGCUGCUCCUGGUGUACCAUCGUCAAUGGCCAUAUUAGAAGCCCAGAGCGCCCCAGUUACAGGAAAAGACACCAAAGCAAGAGGAAGAGAUUCGUCUUUGUCUGCUGUUGCCGGAGCAUCAAUAUUGGCUUCGCUGACAACCUUUAGCAAACGUCUUUCACAACUUUCUCCUUCAAAAGGAAAUGAUGAGGACUCAGCUGUGGGAUCACUUUCUGGGGAAUCAGAUAAUGGUAUAUGUGAUGUUGACAUGAAUGAUAGCAUGGAACUUCAAGACUAUCCUGGUCCCUCCCUGAAUCAGAAGGAAUUGGGUCCUGUGUCUGAUGAGAAUAUAAAUGCUGUUGAUGUACCAAAGGAUACUGUCGUGGACACUGAAGAAGGAGCAGUUCCUGGCUCAAAUAAUGAACUGAGGCCGCUCUUGCAGCUGCUUUCAAGGUCGUCUACCUCUGAUUUUGAUUUUAGUGGCAACCUAUCGAAAUUAUUGGAUGAGCAAAGGCAAAUUAGGGAUUUACUCAAGGAUCUUGAUCGCCCAACUUUUGUGUCAACCAGGCGCCAAGCUUUUAAAGACACUUUACGGAAGGCUAUUCUUACAGAUGGUGAUAUUGAUGUAUCCAUGGAGAGUUUCCCAUAUUAUCUAAGUGAGACUACGAAGAAUGUUUUGGUUGCUGCUGCAUAUAUACCCUUGAAAUGUAGCAAAAUGCUGAAGUACGCGUCAGAGCUUCCUACUGUUUGCCCUAGGAUUCUCUUAUCGGGACCUGCAGGUUCAGAGAUAUAUCAGGAAACGUUGGCUAAGGCACUGGCUAAGCAUUUUAGUGCAAAACUUCUUGUAGUUGAUAGUCUUCUUUUGCCGGGAUCUACAGCUAAGGAAGCUGAUCCUCACAAAGAACACUCAAGACCAGAAAAAUCUAGUGUUCAUGCAAAGCGUUCAUCAUUUGUGGCUUCUCUACGACAUAAAAAACAAGCAUCGAGUGUUGAGGCGGAGAUAACGGGAUCUGCUGUUGCAGCUCCGCGUCUCCCAAAGCAAGAAGCAUCAACUGCAUCUUCUAGAAAGUGCACUUUUAAAGAAGGCGACAGAGUAAAAUAUUUAGGUGCAAUGCCUUCUGGGGUUCUGCCAUUACUGCCCUUGAGGGGUCCUGCCUAUGGUAACCGAGGAAAGGUUGUCCUUGUUUUCAAGGAAAAUCAGUCAUCAAAGAUUGGUGUCAGAUUUGACGAAUCUGUUCCUGAAGGUAACGAUCUUGGGGGCCGUUGUGAAACUGAUCAUGGUUUCUUUUGUGCAGCUGAUUUGAUAUGCUUGGAAAAUUCGGGUGGUGAUGAUGCUGACAGACUUGUGGUGAACGAAAUCUUUGAGGUUGCAAAAGAUGAAUGUAAAGAUGGCCCUGUGAUUUUGUUUUUGAAAGAUAUGGAGAAGUGUAUGGCAGGGAAUCCUGAGGCAUAUGUGGAACUUAAAAGCAAGCUUGAAAAUCUGCCUGAUAACUUGGUUGUGAUUGCCUCCCUUACUCAAGCAGAUGGCCGGAAAGAGAAGUCUCAUCCAGGUGGUUUAUUAUUUACAAAAUUUGGCAGCAAUCACACAGCUUUGCUUGAUCUUGCUUUUCCGGACAAUUUUGGUCGGUUAACUGAUAGAACUAACAAGGACACAUCCAAGAUAAUGAAGCAGCUUACUCGUCUAUUCACGAACAGAGUCACUGUACAGAUGCCUCAGGAUGAGAAUGUGCUAUUAGAUUGGAAGCAGAAGUUGGAGCGUGACAUGGAAACUCUGAAAGCACAGUCAAACAUUGUUAGCAUACGAUCUGUACUCAGCCGCGUUGGAAUAGACUGUCAUGACAUUGAGACACUUUCAAUUAAGGAUCAAGCACUUUCUAGUGAAAACGCAGACAAAGUAAUUGGUUGGGCGUUAACUCGUCACUUCAUGCAUUGUGCCGAAGCUUCUGUUAGUGAGUCAAAACUCAUUAUCUCUAGUGAAAGUAUAAGGCACGGGCUUGAUAUAUUGCAUGGUGUCCAAAAUGAAACCAAGAGUACCAAGAAAUCGCUGAAGGACGUAGUUACUGAGAAUGAGUUUGAAAAGAAGCUUCUGGGUGAUGUUAUUCCAGCUACUGAGAUUGGAGUAACUUUUGAUGACAUCGGGGCUUUGGAAAAUGUUAAAGAUACAUUGAAGGAAUUAGUAAUGUUACCUCUUCAGAGGCCAGAGUUAUUCUCAAAAGGACAAUUGACAAAGCCUUGCAAGGGUAUACUUUUGUUUGGCCCCCCUGGUACUGGGAAAACUAUGCUUGCAAAAGCCGUUGCUACAGAGGCUGGUGCAAAUUUCAUCAACAUAUCAAUGUCGAGCAUCACAUCUAAGUGGUUCGGUGAAGGAGAAAAAUAUGUCAAAGCAGUGUUCUCACUGGCUAGUAAGAUAGCACCCAGCGUUAUUUUUGUGGACGAGGUUGACAGUAUGUUGGGAAGACGCGAAAAUCCUGGUGAACACGAAGCUAUGAGAAAGAUGAAGAAUGAGUUUAUGGUGAACUGGGAUGGUUUGCGUACUAAGGAUAGGGAACGUGUGUUGGUGCUUGCAGCGACAAACAGGCCUUUUGACCUGGAUGAAGCUGUUAUCAGGAGGCUGCCUCGGAGAUUGAUGAUCGGUUUGCCAGAUGCAACUAACCGGCAAAAGAUCCUGAGUGUAAUUUUGGCUAAAGAAGAGCUGGCACCUGAUGUUGAUCUGGCUACGGUUGCAAAUAUGGCGGAGGGAUACUCUGGAAGUGACUUGAAGAAUCUUUGUGUAACUGCGGCCUAUUGUCCCAUCCGAGAAAUAUUGGAGACAGAGAAGAAGGAGAAAACUUUAGCGUUAGCUGAGAACAGAUCAGCUGUAUUAUACAGUGGGGAUGAUAUUCGUCCUUUAAACAUGAGUGACUUUAAGUACGCUCAAGAACAGGUGUGUGCUAGUUUCUCAGCAGAGUCCACCAACAUGAAUGAGCUGACGCAAUGGAAUGAAUUAUAUGGUGAAGGUGGAUCAAGGAAGAGAAACUCGCUCAGCUAUUUCAUGUAGAAGAGGUACUUAUCUUAUAUAGUAAGAUGGAGAUCGUUAAUUUGAUUAAGAAGCCGCUCAAAUUUUCCCCGUCAUUUGUUCCCUGUUCAAAUGAGAUUGACAUGGUGGCAACUCUCAUCCCAAAAGGUCCUCAUUCCAAAGCCUCUUGUAUCCUCUUUGUAUCAUAUUUAGCCAGGUUUCCCCUCACACCCUUCUUUCCGGCCCAAUGUAUAGCAAUUACAACUUAUAGGUUCCUUCUCUUUCCCCAGCGAUUUUUUGGCUUCUAAAGCCACACCUAUUUGCUGUAUAUACUAAUCCUGAGAAAUUUUAAUAAGCAAAUCUUGCAUUUUGUAUGUACAGUAACGGCAUAACUAGUUCUCAUCAUGAUAUUAUUAUUAGUGUUGCUGUGCGGUAAAUUGCGGUUCAGUUGCACUUGUAAUCAAUCGUAUGAAGUGUAAAUUAUGUACUUAGAUAUACUGAGGCUACUUAAAAGUAGUGCAAUUUAAUUACUUGAUUUUUCUAUCUA